AUGGCGGGUUCAGAAGUUGUGGUGCCGGAGUGGCUCGACAGCGUGUACCCCAAUAGGGAGAGGCCUUGGCGAUCAUUGCAACGUUGCUCACUGCAUGUGGGAAACGAUGGAGCUGGCCUUCAAAUGGAAGCCACAGAACUGGGCUACUUGGUGGAAGCUGUGGAGAAGACGCCGGGCCAAGACCAAAGACUUCGCCCUGGAGUUUUGAUCAUCGAAAUUGCCGGGACGCCUUUGUUGGCCUUGGACCCAGAUAGCUUGGAAGAGGCCUUUGGCUCGAACUUUGCGGAUGGAGCUGAAUUGCUUGUUGUCGAAGCGGAGGAGUUGCGGCGUGCGACCAUCGAAAGGGAUUCCCAAGGUGAGUGCCCCUGCAACGAGGCAGAUGAGUUUCCAGAAGUUGUGGAGAUAGAGCCACCGGAGGCUGAAGUCCUAGAGCAUGGCAGUGUGAUGAACCUUCGCCUUUGCCCUGCCACCAAGCUCCGGGAUCUAUCGCCUGGCAAGCGCGGAAACCUGUCAGAGGACUUGGAACACUUUGCAGAACUCCACCAGUUGCGUGCAGAGUUGCAUUGCCCAGAAGCCACCACGGCCUCGGCCAGGCUGACUCUGUGUGGGGCACCAGAAGAUGUGGCAGUGGCCCAAGAGGAGGCACAAAAGAUCAUGAGGUUUUACGACCUCCUUCCGCUUGAAGAAGUUAAAGAAGCGGUCAGCACUGUAGAGGUGGAGGGUUUGGUGCUGCACUCCUUGCCUGCUCGCCAUCGCCGUCGCCGCAAAGCGCCUGAUGCAGCCGAGGGAGAGAAGGCCGGAAAGGUUGUGGUCACAGAAGUCGUAGACGAGACUCACAUUGAGCAACCUGUGAUGGCAGUAGCCAUCCCUUCGACGGAAGAGCUUCGCCUCUAUGAGUACUUGGAUCACACCGCAGAUGUGAUCCUACACUCUUGGGGCAAAACGUUGUCACAAGCCUUUGAGCAGUGCUGCGUAUGUUUUUUCUCGUAUUUGACAGACCUGGACACAGUGAGCAUGGUCACAUCAGUCGACAUUCAGGCAACUGGACAUGACCUAACCGACCUUCUUUAUCAUCUCCUUGACGAGUUUCUCUUCAACUUCAGCACCGAGUUUAUAAUCUGUCGGCGUGUGGAGGUCGAUUUGGACGAAGCAAACCUUCGAGCAACUGCACGAGGUUAUGGUGAGAAAUUUGAUCUUCAAAAGCAUCCACAAGGUACAGAGAUCAAGGCGAUCACCAUGCACCAAAUGAAGAUUUUAACUCCUACCACGGUGGCUAGUGAGCAGGGCAUUCAAAAACGAGAACAAGAAGAAGCUCAUCCUGAGAUUGUGGAUCACCCCUUUGAGUGCUACGUUUUGGUGGACAUUUGA